AGCAGAGGUGUAUGUGCGGCGCGCGCUCACUCUGAUGGCAGGAAGCAUCACUGAGGCCGUUACCCUCAUCACCGUUACUUCACAACACAUUUUAAUGACCAAUUUUUCGUAUUAACUGCCCUCAUAUAACGUUUACGUGACUGUUUGUUUGUUGGUUUUUUAUUUACUAUCCGCCUGUUGAUGUGUCACGCGGAGUUGGGAUGGACUUCGGUGUUUUUAGGGAAACGGACCGGCACGUCUCAUUCGUAGGAAGAUAACUUUUGUUCAUUUGUUUUCGGUUAUUUUAUUUUAAAAAAUGAGGGACCGUCUGGCUGAGCUGAAAUCGGGGAGGCCCAGCGAUGAGGAAGAUGGCAGCGUGGUGGUUCCUGUGGAUCGAGGAGGCUUUAUGGAGGGCUUUUUCAGAAAGGUGGAGGAAGUCCGGAGUAUCAUUGAUAAGAUUUCCUCGCAGGUGAACGAAGUGAAAAAGAAGCACAGCACGAUCCUCUCGGCUCCCAACCCUGACGAAAAAACCAAAGAGGAGCUCGAGCAGCUGAUGGUCGAAAUCAAGAAAAAUGCCAAUGUGGUACGGACCAAACUCAAAACUAUGCAGCAGAGCUUGCCUCCAGAAGACCAAGCCAACCGUUCCUCAGUGGAUGAGCGCAUCCAGAGAACACAGUACGCAGUCUUGUCUAGGAAGUUUGUGGAAGUCAUGACCGAGUACAACGACACACAGGUCUCCUUCAGAGAGCGCAGCAAGGGCAGGAUCCAGAGACAGCUGGAGAUUACUGGAAGGAGGACCACCAAUGAGGAACUGGAGGACAUGCUGGAGAGCGGGAACCCCUCAAUUUUUACCUCGGAUAUAAUCUUGGACUCACAGAUCACCCGGCAGGCGCUGAACGAGAUCGAGUCACGGCACAAAGACAUCAUACGUCUCGAGUCCAGCAUCAAAGAGCUCCACGACAUGUUUAUGGACAUGGCUAUGCUUGUAGAGACGCAGGGUGAGAUGAUCGACAACAUAGAGAACAACGUGAGGAACGCAGUGGAGUAUGUAGGCAAAGCUAAUGAGGAGGUGAAGAAAGCUGUGAGGUACCAGAAGAGCGCCCGCCGGAAAUAUAUCAUCCUGGCUGCGAUCCUGCUGGUGAUAAUCGGUGUCCUCGCACUAAUCAUCGGCCUUUCUGUGGGCCUGUCGUCUAAAUCGACCAUAACCUCUGCCUCCUCCAUUACCACAUCAACCAAUCCCGCUUAAGCAUGCCUUCUUUACUAACACACUGACCAAGCACAAAAAUUGUGUAUGUUGCCAUUUGUGGAUCGGCAUGCCUCCUUCUUCUGCUCAUCGUGAUCGUCGGAGUGUUUGCUAGUUAGCCGCCAAAGACUCCAACCAAAGAAGUGCAGAACCUUCUGAGCUAAGCUAAAAAGAUUUCUAUUUAGCCAUUUUUGCUACUGCUGCGUUUUCUAAUCUCAUGAGCUCGCGUUUAUAGACGUUCAAAUGUCAAAGAAGAAAUUUUCAACAUUUCUCCAGGAGCUGAGAUUUAAUACUUUGUUACUGUGAUGUUUUGCCAUAGAUAUUCAUGGCCAGUUUUUUUUUUUUUCUUGUUCUUGUAAUGAGAUGAUCUUUCUUUUGGAGAGAUGAAGUUUUCUCAUCAUCACCUCACACACUCUGCUCCUGUAGUUUGAUGCCUAUUACACAACAUUUUGGCCAAAAAUAUGAACACGAAAAUGUAAUCGAUCAGCCAAGACGUAUUUGGUGACUGAACUAUGAAGCUUGUAGCUACCAAUUUCAAAUGAACAUCAACGUGAGGUCAAUAUUUGAAUGUGUAAUUAUAUUCCAAAACCCCCCUUGGGUUAAGAUCUGGUGAGUUUGAAGACCCCAGCAUAUGAUUUACAUCCUUGUCAAUCUGUUCAGUGAGUAAUCAUGCCUGGUGGAUGUGGGUGGAGUCAUCCUGUAACCCACAAAUGCGAUCAGUCCAAAGAACAGCAGAGUUGAUUUGCUUCCCUGUAAGUGGACAAAUGUAGCCAAACCAUGGCAAUUAAAAUGAAUAAAUGCCCCCAAACGCCCAAUGAAUAACAGAAAAAACAUUUUUUUCCUUUAAUUCGUCACACAUAUUGUUUACGGUUAAACUGAUUUAAUAUCUUGCACGGCCGGUGGUGGACAAUUCCAAUUUCUCUGGAAACUUCGCCUGAAAUUUUGUUGAUUUAGGCUUGCAUUCCAUAAAUAAAGAUGAUUUCUGAUUCAAAAUCCCCCCUUUGGAGUUUGAAGGCCACAGCAUAUGAUUUACAUCCUUGUCAAUCUGUCCGUUGUAAUGUAAUCAUGCCUGGUAGAUGUGGGCAGAGUCAUCCUGUAAAAGACCACACCCACCAGAGAAAUGCGAUCAGUCCAAAGUUGAUUUGCUUCCCUGUAAGUGGACAAAUGUAGCCAAAAAUAAAAUGUAAAAAAUGCCCCCCAAACCCCCACUGAAUAACAGAGACAACCAUUUUUUCCUUUAAUUCGUCACACUGAUGCUGAUUUCAUAUUGUGCACAGCUAGUGGUGGACAUUUGCCUGUAACGUUCCUGUUUUUGUAAUUUGCCUGAAUUUUUCUUGAUUUAGGCUUGCUGUUGCACUCUAUGCAAAACUGGUAGCUCCACCCAUUUCUGUCCUUGCUAACUCCAUUACCUACAAAAACAGAAAUAAUGGAGGAAAUUUCUUGCUGAGAGUUGCACAGUUGAGUAGUGUUCUCGCUCCGCAGCGCUAUGAUGUGUAACGUCGCUGCCUCGUGAGGUGUGACCGGAGGCCGCAGACGCCUGAUGUGAUCCCGACUAAGUGCGCUUAAUACUGUACUCAGAACACACACAUCAAGUGCACUUAAUAUUCAGCCAAAUGUUAAAAAAGCUAGCACUGAAAUGCCUUUAAUGAUGACAUCAUGGUGCACAGAUUCACAGCUCACUUUAAAUGCUGCCAUGUUGUAUCACGUGUGUGAGAUUUUCAUCUGCUUUACACCUCAGACCAGGCUGGAAAAUGGACCAAGAUGGUCAUUCUUUUAAAGUAAUGUCACAGACUAUCAACACUGGAAGGGUGAUAUCAGACCUUUGAACAUGUUUGUGAGAAUUUGUUGGAUGUACUGAUUGCUCCUAUCACCAUGGAUGUAAAAUAAAAUCCAUAAUUU